AUCAUGAGAAGAUCUACAGACAAUGUGGCCGUCGAACUUGCUCGACUAGACCGCCGAAGUGUUAAUUUCCAACAUGGAUAAAUGUGUCAAUAACAGUGCAGUCCCCAUAACAGGGCGCAUCGUAGUAUACCGGAAACUGUCGCCGCAAUACGCUUGCGGUGUUCCAUCCGAGGCAUCUUCCGGCGGUUCCGAGGUGGAUUGCACCAAUGUCGAAAUGAAGACCACGGGCGGUUUGAUGAAAAACAGUGACUCCAUGGUUUUGCGUUCGAAGAUGGUAACAGAUGCAGCCACCUCGUUCACUUACGGUAGACAGUCGGCUUAUGCAAGCAGAUCCAGUGUGGUGAAAAGCGAAUGUACACCUAACUUUCUGGAACACAGAACCGCAACCCACAGAUUGUCCUACCCGGAUGUAGUGCUGGUGAAUUCUGUAGGAAAUCAAAAGCUAAGUCCUGGAGUCAUUUGGGAUUGUGCAAUUCCUUCUGAUCCGAUGACGGUAUCGAGGCAGAUAAUCGAGACGCAUUUGGAGCGUACGAGACAAACGUACUGCAAGAAUGCACAAUUAGGAUGGUGCAAUGAAGUGAUUGUUUAUGCUAAAUUAGGAUACUGGGAGCCGAACUCCUUGCCCCGACCGCUCCUGGAGGAUCCAUAUUUUACAGAUGCAGCGGUCGCUUCACAAGUUGUUUCCACUGCCUUUGAUCGCAGAGGGCCGAAAUCCAACUUGCAAUCUGGCCCGUCUGUGAACACAGUUACACUACUAAUCAAACAGAAACCGUCCCGGAAAACAUGACGAUAAUGCUGCCAUGUGUCCGACCAGAGACCCGAUGAUCAGGUACCAGUCCGUUUGUGUUUAACAAGCCAUCAUUCUUUCUGUUGCCCUGUAGUUAAACGGACGCUAAGGAAGCUUAGUGACCUAGACAGAUUCUACCGUUCUCUACAAAAGGAUGAUGUCACCUUUGAGGAACUCAACUUGGCGGUUUAUGUCUGCCAGUUUGGAAUCAAUUUGGGUCUGAGAAGAUCGAUGAAAAGUUACGAGGAUAACUACCAUCGCCUAGUGAGAGUUGGCCUUGCUAGCGUGACUACGGCAGGUGUGUCAACCUUGGAUCGGCCGCUAAGUUCGCAUUCCAGAAGGACUUCGAAGGCAUACUCCCGGUCGGAAAUGGAACGUGUGCUCGAUCAUGUGACCUUGUCGGGUUUGAAUGACUUCCAUACAUAUGAAAAAUAUCGGAUAGAUGAACACUGCUCACUAGAAAACGGUGCCAGCGGUUGGACUGACAUUGAGGGCCUCCUCGCAAACACAUCGGAUCGACUCUCUUACGCUUCAGAAGGCAGCAAGUUACCCUGCAGCGAAGAUGUUGCCGAAGUUAUUGAUUUCUCCUUGGGCGAUACAAGGGAAUCGCAGGAACCAGAGGACACCAUCGAAAAACGGUGCAGAGACCCGAUAGAGGUGAAGGUGAGUACAGUGGAGCAGUGUAAGACGGCUAAAAACCAGGCUGAUGGUGGAGAAGUCAGCUCUUCGGAAAACACAGUCCUUAGCGCUCACGGCCCAAGUUCUCGAGAAUCACAUGGAGAUCGGAGUAACCCGCUAAUUUUCAAUGCAAUUGGCUGUACGCAGCAGGGUGUGGGGAGCAUAGACAACGUCGGAAGGAAAUUUCUCCAGUUACGUAUUCUUACACCACGACACCUAUUGUCGGCCACUGGAGAGCGUCAGCGUUUGUCUGAUGAUACGGUGGAGAGAGGACGAAAGUUCGUUUCCGUAUCGAAGGAAAUUCUGACAUCGGAGGAAAGAAUGGAGUCCCAUAGUUACAGACCAGCCCAACGUCUCCAUCAACCAUCCAUUAUGAGGUGUCGCUACAGGGUCCAUAUUCCCAAUUUAGAGGACUCAACACCUCUGCCUGUUCUGGUGCGAGGAAUGAUCGAGGCGUCAACUCAACAAUCAACACGUUCUAAGGAUCACGCUCGAACAUCUGAUUUCACAAUGCACAAUUUCCUCCAACGUACUAUGAGAAGAAACCCCAUGUUGGCCCGCAUCCUUCGUGACCAGACAACGAACAUAUUAGAAAUGUGUGAAAAACAGUUAGAUAUAAAAUGUUCGGUUGGCAUACCUGAUAGCAAACGGUCACAUGGAAGCAAUGUUUGUCCUUCUCUACUGCCGGAGGUUCUACCUAGUCAUACACCUAAUCCUCUUCAAGGCACACGUGUGCAUAUGACGGGACUUCUUGGGACACCAAGAGUAGCAAGCACGGGGAAACCCAGGCGCUUCAAGCCCAAACACGUGAAACCCAUACCCUCCGUUAAAACACAACCGGCAUUUGAUAGGUCGGCUUCUGCGUCAAGCAGCAGCACCGCCAGCAUUGUAAGCAAAAUGGAUACCCAGCACCUACGUGAUAACGCAAUUAUCCCAGCAAAUGACUUAGUAUUUGUCUCAUCGGCACAUCCUAACCGUACGCUUGCUAGUGCGACAGAAUUAGAAGCAAGACCAGAAGUGAAGAAGAGAUCGCAUGCCAUUUUGGUACCCAGAAUGCAUUCAAAAGUGACCAGUCUACUGCAUGCAGUGAGUCAUGAGUUGGAAAGCGUCGCCCCAUUUACUCUGGAACUUUUUACCCAGACAUUGCGCCGAGUUAUACCUGAAGAAAGAUGGCAGGAUGAGCGCAAUUCCUUUAACAUUCUGGCUGCUUUGAAAAGACUUGGUGGAGAUUUGCUUGUAUAUCGUCACUCCUCGGGACAUGUGGUUCGCUUUAAAGUUAUGUCCAUUUUGGCAGCCUCUGCAAAAAAUCGUGUGCUGCGAAGGCAACUGCAAUUCAGUGCUCCCCUCCAAGGAAACUGGUUGGAUCAGCUACUUAGAACGCUGUCUAGCGACCGACCCACUUGCCGCCUAGAGGCAGCUCUUACUUUAGCCAAACUCGCCACGGAGUCCAAACUGAUGAAGCAACUCAUCAAGGAUACCAAACAAAACGUUGUGGCCGAGAUAUUUGCAUCCUUGUUGCGUUCGGCAGAUUACCAUCCGCAGAGUUGGCCCGAGUGCUACUUGGCGCUGGCAUUCUUUCUGCACUAUAACCAAUGUCAACUGAUGCAUGAUGCCCUGAUCGAUCGAGGGAUACAGUACGGGUUGGAGCAGAUUGGACCCUCCUGGCUCCGAUUGUUGUCAUAUGUGUAUACUUAUUGGUGUCCCACUGUUCUUGAGACACUCAGUAUCAAUGAAAAAAGAAUAAGCAACCUUUUGGAUACCGCCAUGAGAAAUCCUCUGACGAAAAAGGUAGCCAGAGAAACACUAGCGGCUAUAAGUGAAUAUCACACAAUCGACUGCAAUCUAUUUUCCCUCUGGCGUUCUGGUUCACAAGGCCAAAAGCGGGAGGGCUGUGGAUCAGUCAGAACCAAAGGUUGUGGAUAACGCCCGCAGAAAUACGAUCUAAAUCUUCGCACAAGAAUAAUAAACGAGUUUUUCUACACAUCAGAGAUAUGUGGUGGGGAUAUCGUGAGUUGAAAAGUGGAAUUUAUCAAUGGCAAACAUUUUAUACCAACAUCAGUCAAUAUAAUUCCCAUCCA